GCACCGUGCAUGUAGUGACAUCGGUAAAUAUUUUUCUAACCUGAUUUGAUGAUCAAAUUUUUCACGAUUGAAAACCACAUAAGCGCGAGACCGUAAAUAUGGAAAAGCAAGAAAUAUGUGAAUACUUCAACGGCAUCAUUAGAAAUGAAAAAGAUGUGUCUGCUGGGAUGGCUGCGAUUCGUACAUUACUUAGAGUUCUGGAGUAUUCAAAGUCAGAAACAGUUCAGGAACUUAGGUACUGUCUGCAAAAUGCAAUAGAUGCAAUGAGAUCCACGGAUCAUCCCGUAACCGCUAUUGCAUCUGGUAGCGAACUAUUCCUUCGUUUCAUAACCCUGGCGACGUUAGAUACUCCGUCGUUUGCAGAAUGCAGGGGUAUUAUGCUCCAUAGGGGAAAAAUGUUUCAUGAAAAAUUAGUAACAGCUAGAGGAAAAGUAGCGAAAGUUGCAGCACAUUUUAUCACAGAUGGUUCUAAAAUACUUACUCAUUCAAAAUCUAGAGUCGUAUUACAAGCAAUGAAAGAAGCUGCUGCUAGUAAUAAAAUAUUUGAAGUAUAUGUAACGUGUUCAUCUCCAGACAAUAGUGGACAGGAAAUGUGUCAGAAUUUAACAGAGUUAGGUGUAUCUUGCACACUAAUAUUAGAUUCUGCAAUGGGAUAUGUCAUGGAGCAAGUUGACAUGGUCAUGGUUGGUGCAGAGGGUGUAGCAGAAAGUGGUGGUGUUAUUAAUAAGGUUGGCACAUAUACAAUGGCUAUGUGUGCCAAAGAAGUGAAAAAACCUUUUUAUGUACUCACAGAAAGUUUCAAAUUUUCAAGAAUUUACCCUUUAAAUCAAGUUGACUUACCAGAUGAAUUUAAGUAUACAGCGAACACAUUAAAGAAAGAUUUACAAAAGGAACAUCCCUUAGUCGAUUACACACCACCUCAUUACAUCAGUUUAUUGUUUACUGAUUUAGGUAUCCUGACUCCAUCUGCCGUUAGCGAUGAACUUAUUAAAUUAUAUUUGUAAAAUAUAUAUGAACAAUAAUGAAAAUCGUUUCCACUU